CAGUCAAUUACAAUGGUAUCUCAUUGGAAAGUUUUAUUGCGGUUUAAUGUUGUGUAGGGAAUUUUCUAGACAUGGAUAUACCGUAUUAUCCAGAUUACUGUACUAAUAGAUUAAUAGAAGAAAAACGCGGCCGAUUUCCAGUAUGUAUAUAAAUCUAUGAAGUUAAUGAAAUUGCAAAUGGCAAUGUGCAGACUUCAGUACUUUAGACAUCCCCACGUCAGUGUCGGUAUCAAGUUUUUGUCAUCACGAUAUUUAGUUUUUCUUUGGAUAUGGAUUUGUUUGUGGUUGUAUGUUUCUGGAUUGGAGUCUACUACUGAUAGCAUUACAGGAAAUGACAAACUGACAUCAAAACGUCUUUCUGAUGCAAACGUUGACUUGUUUGAGUGUCAAGAUGGAGACCUGACGUGUUUAAAGGACAAAGACAAUUUUGAAGCGAUUCAAAACCUGCAUCGCAUGCUGGACGAUGACCACAAUGGAAAUGUUGACCAGUCGGAGAGUGACGAGUUUCUGAGAGAUGAGCUGCAGUACACAGAUGGAUUUGAACGACAGAGGACGUUUCAUGGCAAUGACAAACAGAUCAGUGUUAUUGACUUGUGGAAAACGUGGAGAGGCUCACAUGUGUUUAACUGGACUGUCGAUGAUGUUCUGGAAUGGCUGGAAAACCACGUGGAGCUUCCCCAGUAUAUUGAUAUUUUUGUCGCAAAUGGUGUCGAUGGAUCCUUUUUACCCAGACUGGCAUGUAGUAACAGUAGUUUCUUCGUUAACAUCCUGGGAAUCAAAAACUCCAUACACAGACAAAAGCUGGCUCUCAAGGCUAUGGACAUUGUGCUCUUUGGAGCACCAAAAAAGGCUCACGGUUACCUCACCGACGUUGCCCUUGUUGGAUCAUUGGUUGUGGCCCUUGGCGGGUGCUGGUUUGCCUAUGUCCAUCACAAAUACUCACAGAAUCACAUCAAAAAGAUGAUGAAGGAUUUAGAAUCUCUACAGAAAGCAGAAGAUGCCUUGACAGAAUUGCAGGAAAAGUUGGACAUGGCAGAACAGAGGGGAAUGUCUCAUACCAUGGAUUAUGCAUCUCUUAAUGGGAGGAGUUGUGAUAGUAUGGACGGUUGGGAUGACCAGGCAGAUAGUCUAAAAGUGGCUGAGGAGGAACUCGCACAGUUGCGGGCGACACUGAAACGCACCGAGAUGCAGCUGGAAAACCAGCACAACUGGACGAUACCCGGUGAGCUGCAGGCAUGGUUACAGUUGACCCACGAGGUGGAACACAUCCACUAUCUCAGUAAGAGGAAAGCGGCUGAGAAACAGAUGGACACUGCUAAGGAGGAGUGUGAUAAGAUUAGGAAGAGAAACCGAGCGUUCUUCGGGUCUCUGAGAAUGGCUCACAGUAGCUCGCUAGAUGACGUUGACCAGUGGAUACUGCAUGCUCGUGCUGCUUUAGAGGAAGUGAAGCUGGACCUGCAGGAGAGAUUGCACCGUUGGCACGCCAUUGAAAACAUAUGCAACUUCCCCAUAAUGAGUAACCCGGGCUUCACGGUUCUCCGACAGAUGCUGAGUAAGGAUAACCUCGGUGGCGUAGCAGGUCAAAGCAAUUCUGUGCCUUCUUUAACACACAAUUAUGCAGUGGAUGAUGCAGAUGAAGAUAUUCCCCCAUUCCCUGCAGCUUCCAAACAAAUGGUUGAUCCUUACCAUAUUAAAAAUUCACACUAUCCCUAUCUGGAGGAUUGUGCCAGUUUACAUGCGAAUCAUUUGUUUAGAGAUUAUGUGACUAAAGUAGUUGUGAGUAAGUCUGUUCAGCAGCAGAAGAACAGUCCCCACUCUGGCAGCAGCUCCUCCCUGUCCCUGCCUAUCACCAAUCUCCGCGCCAAGGUGCUGGAGACCAGGACGUUCGAAACACCCAGUCCGAGCAACGGUGUCUUGUUCCACUUAGGAGAUAGUUCACCAUCUCCACCACCACCCGAUUUGACCAGUAACGACCCUUCAUCGUCGGGUUCUGCCUCCUCGUCUAACCACGUGACCACACCCAUGACUACUCCAGUCUCAUCACUUCCUAGAAAUCCCCCCGAAGGUCUCCGUCUGAACCUGAUGAAAGACAACGGCAAGCACAUUCCAUCCAUCCCAUACUCCGCCUCGUUCCACAUGAUAAACCUGUCUCCCUCCACCUCGGAGGGGACCGGUACCGGCACCAGCACCAGCACCAGCACCGGCUCCACAUCGCUGUUUGGCGGCAAGCGCAGCGUGUCCACGUCGGGCCUGCGGAGACUAGUCAUUGACAGUCAGACAAGCAAAGACUCCACAGACGACAAUGAUCUCGAUGAACAGAAGAUUCGUAAACCGAAGAAAAAGGCCCUAUUAUCGAAGAUACUGAAAAAAGUGGGAAAUAAGCCAAAAUCAUCAUAACACUAGUGAAUGUGGAGCUUGUGGAAUAUCUUAACAUUGUUUGAUGUAUAAAAGAAUAAUCUGGAAGAGAUGGCUGGGCUAGAACUUAAGACUUUAUUACCUACAGCAAUUUUAAAAUGUUUUUGCUACAGGCAAAAAGCACCUGCAGCAAUUUUGAGUUUGCCUACAGCAAUUUUAAACCAGUAGCUUUUGCAACAAAUAAAAAUAAAUGAAAAAAACGAAAAACAUUCCGUCAACUGGCAAUUUUUAUUCAGUGUAAAAAAGACCUGCUAAUGGUUAACCUGCAGCAAUUCCUGUUACAGUUACAGCAGUGGCUGUCAUUAAGUUCAAAGGUGGGAUGGACAUUAAUAUUCAAGGUAAUAAGACAAUUAGAUGUGUGGACCUACUGUAAAAUAAAAGUGUUCCUAUCAUUUAUUUUUCUUAUAUAGGAUUGCAGUAUAAAUAAAAUGAGCUGCUAUGGUCUCAAGAUAUCGGCUUUAUUCCUUUCUGGUCGAAUGCAAUGUGACAUUGUCCAUUCUAACCUUUAACCUUGGCAGGAUAAAGCUGAUAUCUUAAGACAGUAAUCAGUCUCUCUCUCUGUCCCCCCCCUCCCUCCCUCUCUCUCUCUCUCUCUCACUCUCACUCUCACUCUCACUCACUCACCUAUUGAGCAAGAAACAUUUGCCAGUACUGUGGUGUGAACCCAGUGCCUACCAGCCGAAAGUCUGAUGGUUUAACCACUAUGCCAUCGAGGACAUUUGCCACUAAUCUUAAGUAUUCUCUCACAUGCUGCAAAAGACUUGCCUACUUUAACUUAAUGUACAAAAUAUGCAUGCAUGUUAAACCAGGAAUAAAUAUUAUUUGUCCUCUGUUGUUGAUUACAGAAUAAAACCAUAAACUAGUUAUUAUAUAAUAACUUAGGAUAAGAUAACCCUUUCCAAGCCAAGUGGUGAACUCAUAACCUAAGAAUAGAGUCAUUCCCUCUUGUAAUGGAAAGUAGUUGUUUGUUGUCAAGUGAAACCAUGUGGGAUACAUGUACGAUGUCGAGAAAAUAUCAGAUGUGUAUUGUCGGACGACUUUCAGAUGUGUAUUGUCGGACUACUGCCAGAUGUGUAUUGUCGGACUACUGUCAGAUGUGUAUUGUCGGACUGCUGCCAGAUGUGUAUUGUCGGACUACUGUCAGGGAAAACUAAACUUGUUUUUGUGGAUGCUAGUGAUAAUUGAAAAAUUAUUUAAUUCUGCAAAAAACAGCAUGAUCUUGAUUCUUGAUGGAUGUCAGCCCCAAGUUCAGCCAGCUAACGUUUCGCUAAUGUUUGCAAAUUAUUUGAUUGGUUCCCGAUGAGGCCAUUUGGUUUACCAUGAAGAGCAUAAACCAGUCUUGCUGAUAUUUUUUUGCUCGGUCUGGUUGAACUUGGGGCAGGUAUAACUGCUAAACAAAACAGUUCUUGAUGGACAACAGUGGGCUGAAACGGAAGAAUAUCUUAUUUUAGUGGAAAAGUGCAUUUGUGUUUCAAAAAGAAAUUUUCUGUAGAAGCAUGUUUGCAAUGGAGGUUGUGAUAAUGUAAAACUGAAAACACUACAUUUUUUAAUUGUACAUUUAAAAAAUAAUGUCGGGACUUUGAGAAAUUUUAGAUAUAGACAACAGUUGGGGUUUUUCUGUUUAUUUAAAUGUUUUAUUUUUUUAUUUCUGUUUAUUUGAAUGUUUUAUUUUUUUAGCUUUGAUUUUGCUUAGUUUUUUAGCUUUGUUUUCUUUCUUAAAUGCUUACAAUUUAUCAGUUGGUACUGGAGAAAGAAUUUGCGAUAUCUUUUUCUUAAGCAAAUUUGCAAUGAUUUUUAUGCUGGAAUAAAUAUUAAAAACUGUUUUAAGCCGGGCUCAAUCUGUGUGCAUCAGAGAUAUGCUUGAAUCAUUAGUGGCUAUUGGCAUAGAAAUAUUGUUAGUUGCUUAAGCAGCGUUAUCAUUAUGCAAUUAGUUGCACCGAUGGUCACAUGCAGUUUGUUAGCCCUACAAAAAUCGGAAUGUAUACGACUAAAGUCGUUCCCAUUUAGGUGUUUUCACAGUACAAUUUGAUCACAUUUGACAAGUUGGAGUGACUAAUCACAUAAUGACCACAAUGUGUGCAAGCUAGGGAACCAGCCACGGUUAAUACAUCAGAUAUGCACAUUUAAUCCUACACAACAAGCUGCUGUUACAGCACCUACCUUUUAAGGAAGUUACAUCUAGUGCUGAUGGCGAAAGAUGAUGUUUAGAUGGCUCCAGUUUACAUGCAAGAUGGCCAUACGUUGGUUCGAUCUUAAUUCGUCUUUGAAACGCAUUGGAACAGAUGAAUCCCGUUAACAUCUACGAAAUGCUGAUGGGCCGACUGCGUGAGUGGUUUGCUGUGCUGACCGCUACUGCGAUGAAUGUGUUAAUUUCAAAAUAGAUUUGGACUGGUCACCGAUGUGGUUUCAAUGCUAUUCAGUAUAAAUACUGUAGAAUUGUAUUAUUUCUUAUUAUUGUAUGUCCUUUAUUUGUUUAGUUUUUAGGUGGGUUUUUUUUAUUGAAUUCAAAAUUUAAAAAACACCUACUGGAUUUUUGUUUUCUAGGUUUAAAACCAUUUAAAAUGUCCCUAGCUGGAGAAAACACAACAAUUUUUGUGUUCAAUUUUGUUAAUUAUAUGAUGUACCUUCAGUGCGGCAUUCUAUGUUUUUAUUGUAUUAAUGUAUGUUUCAUUACCAAAUAUUUAUUCCUCUGUAGAUUGUUGAAAUCCAAUAAUUAAAAUGUACUUUUGAUAUGUUUGUUGGAAAUGGAAGUAAAAUGUAACCAAUUGCAUUUAAUUGAAAUGGUUCAUAUUUGAAUUUGAAUUCUAAAGUAACAUGGUCAUUGUUAACACGUUUGUCUGGUUCAGAGUAUCAAUCUCAAACAUUGAUUUAACAUGCCACUUUGUUCUUUUAGUUAAGAAUUGAACAUGAUAAUGUUUUUACGAUCAUGAAUGAAUGAACCACAGAACUGUUAUACACACUGAAUGAAUGAUGUAGUGCAUCAACACAAUCAUCAAUAUAAAACAAUGAAGUAGCCGUUAAUCUCUUCAAAAAUAGUUAAACAACUGAGAUUUAUAGAGUUAUGAAUGUUGGAUUUCAAGUCAAGAGGGUAUCAUGUGGACCAAUCCACUCUCUUGUAACAAAAGAGUAUUUACAAAUUGGAAUUGGUAGGUUGUACAUUUUCUCCAUGAUUGAUCUAUCUACCUGUGUGUAUUUCUCGUUCCAGCCAGUGCACCACGACUGAUAUAUCAAAGGCUGUGGUAUGUACUACCCUGUCUGUGGGAUGGUGCAUAUAAAAGAUCCCAUGUUACUAAUGGAAAAAUGUAGCAGGUUUCCUUUCAAAUUACCAAAUGUUUGAUGUGUUCUAGUAGUGUCAUUAAACAAAACAAUCUUUAAUACCUGUGUGCUACAGAUCUGCAAAGUUGAACAGGUUUCAAGGUCCCCGAUCUGUCGCUGAUUGUUGCAAACUGUCUGCGACUGUGUUGCCAUGAAAUUAUGUUUGAUUUUGUUGACAUAAUACACAUUUUAUUAAAACAAGACUUAAGGUAAUUGAAAUUACAGUUUAAAUUGUACAGAAAAGCCAUUCAUUUUGGUGGCAAAUAGAAAAAAACCCCACAAUUGUGACCAUGUUACUUUAAAUUUAAUAACUGUUCAUUCACACAUAUCUUUAAAGACUAAUGAUAAAUUUACAUAAUUUAUUAUUUUUCUGUGUUAUAAAAUGUCUUGUUUAAUUAGGUGCUACAUGUAUGUUCUCUUCUUGUUUUAUUGUCUCAAUGAUUGAAUCUUCUGAUAUAAGCCACAACCUAAAUAAUAUAGUUUUCAUUUCUUAUUAUGACGUGGGUGUUUCAAGUAUCAUGUACUACAGAUGGACAUUUCUUUUUUUUCUUCUUCUUUUUCUUUUAUUUCCCAUUUUUUGUUGUUGACAAAAGGUAUGGACAAGGAUUGGUUCUCUUAUGACAUUUACUUCAGUAAGUCAGGUCAGAGACAUAAGUCAUUACCACAUCAUCAAUCUGGAGAUGAUAACACAUGAAAUCCCUUCAGGGUUCUACCACUGUAAAGGAUCAAAAUACAUAAAUGGUUGAUUCAUUUGGUAGGGUAAAAGGAAGCACAAAUUGGUUAUCUUUUUUUAUCUUUUUUUUUUAUCUUUUUUUUUUAUCUUGCAACUUUCUAUCUGUACAAUGUUCUUUCUAUUACAAAUGAAUAACUUAUGAAUUUUACUGUUUCUUUCUUUUUUCUUUUUUUUAAAUUACACUUUAGUAAAGUUGUUUUGUUAAUUUUCUUUGGAAUUAAAUGCAUUAAAAUGAUAUUUUAAUAUGUUCUGCUAUGUUAUUUUAUUCAGCAGAUAUAUUUUCUUUAUAAUCAAAGAUUUGUAAACUAGCUAUUACUGUUAAUAUGUAAUGUCAUUUGGGAGAGAGAGAAAAGGAAAAACGUAAAUAAUUUUUAUUUAAGGUAGAGGUCUUUUGUUAGUAGUAUGAACAAGUACAUUUACAAUUAAAACUGCUAUAAAUAGGCAUCCUGUAUAACAAACACUGGUUUGUUAACAAGAGGGUCCUAAAAAUGUGGCCUUUUUAUAGAGGUAACUACAUGUAGAUGCAUUUUCUUUACAGUUGGUACAUAUGCAGCUUAAUUGCAUAUACAGACUUGUGCAUAGCAUCUAACAAAGAUACUUGUUCAGAAUAUUCUUGAGAUUGAAAUGUUUUUGCUGUUUAUAUUGAAUUUGUUGUGGUUAACACUACUUAGCAUAUUUUUCAAAAUAUAAAAGCAAAUAAAAUAAUUCACAGGAUUAAUUUUUAAUAUGAACAGAUAUGGCAUUUCCUUAUUGUGCAAUUUAACAAGAAUUUACUGUGUCCACUUAUGCAAUAAUAUGCAAUCCAUUUAAACGUGUAAUGAAAAAACCCUAACUACUUUCAUAUUUAGAUAGUAAAUAAAUACUUAAAAACCAGACAUAGUUACAUGUUUUUAAAAUAUCUAGUGUUACGAUUGUUCUGUGAUGUGCUAUGCAUUGAGAUUAUAAAUGCAACAAUGAAUUAGAUGGCUAAUUUGUGUAUAGAUAUUUGCUUUGUAUAUAUAUUACAGCCAUAAACAUUUCCGUAAAUGGUCUUGGUGUAGACAGUCAUAUGCAUUGGAUAGUUUACCUGUAGUUAUGCAAAGGUGCUACACAAAUACAUGUACAUCAUAAGUUUUAUACAUACUGAAAAUGCUUAUAUCAUUUGAGGUUAAGUGUAGGUAAGACUAAACAUAUUUGAUUUGAAGGUUGUACAUAUUAUUAUAGCAGGAAAGAAACAUUGUAUUUGAGCAGGAGAGAAACAUUGAAUAUGAAUUCUAAAAUUCUAUCAGACCUGUGACGCCGUCGUUAUACAGGUGCCACUAUAAAACUAUCAGAUUACCGUAUCCCAUAUAGGACAAGUGUCUGUUAUGUACAUGUCUUCAGUGACAGUGCUUGUUUAAUCAGUGGCUGUAUGGUGUUGGGCAUGUGGUAAUACAGGGCUCAAACUUAACGACGGCACCGACGGAAAUUGUCGUCACUGAGAUAUAAAUUGCCAUAGCUAGAAAGCAUUACCUAUGGCACUUUUGUGCCUUCGUUAAAACUCCUCAACAAUGGCAAA